AUAUGGACGCUGGGCAGUUCGCGGUCCCGGGUCCAGUGGGUCCCAGUGGGCCUACCACAGGUCCGCUCACGUGUACACACCCCUGCGCAGGCCAAGGACAGCGAUGACGAUGAUGAUGUCACUGUCACCGUGGACCGGGACGGCUUCAUGGAUGAGUUCUUUGAACAGGUGGAGGAGAUCCGCGGCUUCAUUGACAAGAUCUCGGAGAACGUGGAGGAGGUGAAACGGAAGCACAGCGCCAUCCUGGCCUCCCCCAACCCUGAUGAGAAGACGAAGGAGGAGCUGGAGGAGCUCAUGUCUGACAUAAAGAAGACCGCAAACAAAGUUCGCUCCAAGUUAAAGAGCAUCGAGCAGAGCAUCGAGCAGGAGGAAGGCCUCAACCGCUCAUCCGCGGACCUGAGGAUCCGAAAGACACAGCACUCCACGCUGUCCCGCAAGUUUGUGGAGGUCAUGUCCGAGUACAAUGCCACGCAGUCUGACUACCGUGAGCGCUGCAAGGGCCGCAUCCAGAGGCAACUGGAGAUCACUGGCCGGACCACGACCAGUGAGGAGCUGGAGGACAUGCUGGAGAGUGGAAACCCCGCCAUCUUUGCUUCUGGGAUCAUCAUGGACUCCAGCAUCUCAAAGCAGGCUCUGAGCGAGAUUGAGACGCGGCACAGUGAGAUCAUCAAGCUGGAGAACAGCAUCCGUGAGCUGCACGACAUGUUCAUGGACAUGGCCAUGCUCGUGGAGAGCCAGGGGGAGAUGAUUGACAGGAUUGAGUACAACGUGGAACAUUCGGUGGACUAUGUGGAGAGGGCCGUGUCUGACACCAAGAAGGCCGUCAAGUACCAGAGCAAGGCACGCCGGAAGAAGAUCAUGAUCAUCAUCUGCUGCGUGGUCCUGGGCAUUGUCAUCGCCUCCACGUUUGGAGGCAUCUUCGGCUAGAAAGCACCCCACCGGCCACCCCACUCGGAACGGUCUGCCCUCAGGAGGCCCCCUGGCUGCUGCCGCCUUCGGGCUCGGAGCCCCUUCCUUCCCAGCCCACGCCGUCCCUUUCUCUGCCGUAGGGCCCUCCGUACCCACCGUGCCCUGAGCCGUCGUGUGCAUGAUCUCUGUGACAGUGUGUGUCUAUACCGGGGAGCGAGCGGGCUGGGGCAGGUCCGCAGCAAGGACAGACUCAGGCCCUGGCCCAGGCCGCCUCCCCCUUCCCAGGUGGCGCUGCCGGGGGUAGCCGUGCUCCCCUUCCCCCGCCUCCCGUUAAUCCCACCCCAGCCUGGGGUCUGCCCUGACCUCUGGCCUCUCCAGCUGUGCCCCAAAGCCAAGCCCCCUAAGGGGUGGGGACCAGCUGGCCGCACGGUGCUGCUUUUCAGGCUAAGGAAGGGGUGGCCCUGAGAGGCAGCCCAGCUCUAAGCCUCUACCAGCUGACCACUGCCAGGGAGGCUCAGGGUGCAGUGGCCAGGUGGCUUCUGGCUUUGCCAAGACCGGGCUCCCUGCCCGCGUCGGGGCAGAGUCCAGCAGGUCUUGGCCGCCUCAUACUCCCUUCCCACGUUCCCACAGCCCUGGGAGCAACCCCUCUGGGCUAUGCCUGACCCCGGGUCACGUUCUACGAGAGGCUGCCCGGUGCCUGGUUUCCAGCCACCCUUCGAGCUAGGGAGGCAGACCGGGCCCGGCGGGCCCCUGCCAGAGCCGAAGCCCACGCCCCGGGCCGGCCACCCUCCCCGGCAGGCCUCGGUCAGGUUCUCAAGCCAUCGGGUGUUGCAUGUUUGGGACAAUGGCCCCUGCUCUCUUGCGCUCUGGAAGUCAGACGUCAUUCAGGCCUGCAAUCGCGUCCUGCCCUUGCUGUCCCCCACUGACGUGCCACGUGGGUGUCGGGUGUCUGGGAUGCGGUAUUCAGCAGCCAGCCGGGGAGGAGUACCUCCCUCCUCCGUCUCGGGGCUUCUCAAGUCGGAAACGUGCCCCCACCCAAGAGCCCUCUUCCUCACUGACAGGCUUGGAGUGUGCAUGCGAGUGCAUGCAGUGGGGGAUGGGGCCACGUCCGUGCCCCGCCUUCCCUCAGCUCUGCUCCUGCCCAGUGACUGUGACCACUGUCCGUGUUGCCUUCUUCAACCGCGACUUCCCUCCCCUCCUUCACCCCUUCACCAAAGGUCUUGGUACAACCAGCUGCCCAUUUUGUGAAAUUUUUAUGUAGAAUAAACAUUUGUAUCUGGAUUUC